AUGGAGGAUCCACGAGAAUUCAUUGAGGGGAUUGCAAGAAGCAAAGGUUCAUUCACCGAAUCGUUUAGACAGCAAGCAGAUGAGGAGGCAAGACAAGGACGCAGAGGAAUGCUGCAAGCCAUCCAGGGCGCUGAAGAAAUCCGGGAGGAUCUUUCGAAGGCGCUAAACAUCAUAUCCGCCGAUUUAUACACGAGCAGAGCUCGAUUCCUCAUGGAAGUCAUACAAAAUGCAGAUGACAAUCAGUAUCUUGCGUCAUCUACACCAACACUCUGUAUCAAUGUUACUCGUCGACUUGUCAAGAUCGAGUGUAAUGAAACAGGAUUCACCGAGGCAAACGUCCAAGCUCUGUGCCGGACAGGACGGAGCUCCAAGCCUCCCGGCCAAGGCUACACAGGAGAGAAAGGUAUCGGCUUCAAGUCGGUAUUUAAGAUUGCUAAAAGAGCACAUGUACGCUCUCCGCCCUACUAUUUCCAGCUAGAUAGGGCUAGGAUGCUCGGGAUGAUUACUCCUCAAUGGGACGAAGAAUAUUUUGCAGCCCAUUCGCAGGAUUACCAGACUACAAUCAUUCUGGAUCGAAUCUGCGAUGCUUCGACGAAUUUUGCUGCUGCUCUAGAACUCGAUAUAGAGGCAAUCCACCCUAUGGUUAUAUUAUUUCUCCGCCGGUUAGAGAGGCUGCAAAUCACCCUACACCCAUCUGCCUCCUUGCAAAAUGAAGCCAGAAUGUCAAGACGUUUUCGCCGCUACACCAAUGAUGCUUUAUUCCCAGGAAUCACGACUCUCGAGAACGAGGAUACUGGGACAAAGGAGCAUUUCUAUAAGGUACAAUACACGUCCGCUUUUAAUGGAACAGAGGAACGUCGACCAAACUUGACUCAGACUGAUAUAGUGCUGGCUUUCCCUGUAGAGCUAGUCUCUAAUACAUGGACACCUAGACCGAAGCAGUUACACACAUAUGCAUAUCUUCCUCUUGGAAAAUUUGGCUUUCAAUUUAUUGUACAAGCAGAUUUUGUCACUACAUCAAACCGCCAAUCUGUAGACGAAGACAGUCCUUGGAAUACUAAUAUUGCUAGAGCCAUCCCGCAAGCGUUUGUCGAUGCAGUUGCUGCUUUUAACAGGGUAUUCCCCGACUCGGCGCAGUCAGCACAGCUGUCAAAGACUUGGCUAGUGUUCCUUGGAGUUACUUCCGCUGAGCCAAGUGAGUACUGGCGGAACAUACGCAGAGGUAUUGUGAAACGUCUAAAGAGACGUGAGGUCAUCCAAACUCGAUCUGGGAGCUAUGCAUCCCCGCCAUCGUUAAUGUUCUUGAGCUGGGCAAAGGACCGCGAUGGAGAGCCCAUAUUUGGUUCGAACAACGGUUAUGUCUCCUCGGCGUACCCGGCCUCUGUGCAUGGAAUCCUUGGCAUUCUAGGAGUCGGCACCCCUGACUCGGAGUGGAUUUCCACGGAGCUCCAAGAUUUACAGCGUAGCGGCUCUCUUCAUGACAGGAGUCGAUCAUCAGCAUGGUACUCUGACCUUGCAAAAGUGAUCCUCACACCAGGAAAAUCCGCACGCCAUCCUACAUAUAAAUAUGAGCUGCGCAAAAUACCACUCAUACCUCUUGUAGAUGGUCUGUGGAGUGUUGCUCCCACAGUGUCUACUCCAAUUUACUUCCCUCAGAGUCUAGGAGCAAGGAUUCCGUCCGGAUUGCCACUACUUUUGGUCGACGAGGCGGCAUGCAAAUGUAAACAUCGGACAAAGCUGUUUGAGUUGCUGGGCGUGAAGUACUGCGAUGCCAGCAAUAUUGUGAAGGAAAUCGUUGGCUACCAUACAAGAUUUACAAGAGCCAACCAUUCCGAUAUCGUGGGUCAUGCCAAGUAUCUUUAUCAUGCUAAAGAUCAGUUAAUAGGGAAUGACCUGAAGAAAAUAUAUUUUGCAAUCGCUGAAAAAGGUUCGUUCCUCAAAGGAUCCGACUUAUAUACAGAUAGUCCGCCCUCAACAGAACUUUCCGAGCUAUUUUCUGGGUAUGGGGAUGCUCGGUUUCUUCAUCCUGAUUACUUCCAAGACCUUCAUGCUAUAGAGAAGAGGCAGUUCAUAGAUUGGCUGAAAUCCGAGGCGGACAUUGCUACAGUGCCACGCCUAACAACGCAGUACGAUGGGCUGCACGAUGAUUUCCGCUGGAUUUUGGAGAACAGAAGUGAUCGCGUAUUAGAUAUCAUACGCCGACAUUGGGAUGUCUAUAGUUCUAAAUUCACAAGCCAGAUACAACGACAGUUUGCGCACCGCACCUUCCUCUGCCAAACCGGAAACCUAGUUCCCUUGCGCCAGAGCUUUAUACCCCUCCCCGGUUUAGUGCAAAAGAGUCAUGAAUUGUGCGGUUCCGAUUCCUGCUCUUUCUUAGUCUUAUCCGGUUGUCUGCCAAGAGACUGGAGAUUUCUUUCAACGUUUGAUGUAGGGACAGAAGAUAACCUUGACUUUUACCUGUGGAUUCUGGAGCAACCCGGAUUUAAGGUGAAUCCUAGUGUUGAGAGAGCGAAGAGGCUCUAUUCUGAGAUACAGUCACGAGCAGGAUCUAAUGCAGAGAAAGUGAGCGUGAGAAAUUCAUUCUGCAAAAAUGUCAUCGCCUUACCAGAUAAUACUUUUGUCUCUGCAGGGAACUGCGUUUACUACGCGCCUCGAGGCUUCCAAGCUAAGCCAUCUCUAUUGGCGAUAUAUGGGAACGACCUAUCUAAUCUGUUCCAAAACAUCCUAUACAUAAAGUUUGCCUCUCAUACUGAGGCUCUUGAAUAUCUUUAUCUGAUUAGGUCCAACGUAUCUACAACGAUGCAAGCUGUAUCGAGUGUGUACGAAUACCUUCAAGUUUUUUGUCCAGCAAUAACAAUCGAUCCGAGGAAUCGUAUUAUUGCUAUACCAUCUGAAACAGGAUCGCUUGAGUGGAAGAUGCCGUCUGAGUGCGUGUGGGAUGACUCGGAAUUCUCUCAAAACGAGCUACAACUUCGAAGCAAAAUUGCGAUGGAACAGAUUAUUAAGCAACAUGCUCCCGCUGCUGCAUCAUUCUUCACUGCGAUUAUCAAGCUCCCAAACGCGGGAAUCGAUGAGCUACUUAGUGAUCUCAGAUUACUGCAGCAAGAUGGAAGUGACGAUUCGGCAACUGUAUUCCGGCUGUACGAGAGAAUCGAGGUGUAUCGUCGCAGCUCGGUAGAAAAGAUUAAAGACGCUUUUCAAACUAAGCCCCUAGUGUUUCUUCGGGGGUAUAAUGGUAAUCGUGGCCGCUGGCUAAAGCUCGAGGAUUGUGUCUGGAGCCGGACGAUUCUUCGCACUAAGUAUGCCUUAAUGAGCACACUUAACCAAUAUCGGAGUCUAUUCCGAGAUACUUUAGAUGUGCCGAACGUGACACUGAAGAUGUUGGUUCAGGGGUUCAUCAGCACCAGUGAUACACCUUGGGAAUAUAGCAAAGACUUGCUACUUGACAUAAGUCGCAAAAGAGAGACAAAUAAUGAAUUAAGGCUAUUGCAAGGGGUGAAGUGCUGGCCCUGUCGUUUGCCAACUGGCGAACCAGCGUUCUGUGCAGUUGGAGAUUUCUUCGUUAACGACCGGCAAAACCUCUUUGAAAUUUUCAAAGACUCUCAAACUUUCUUAGAUCUCGAUUUUGAUGAUUCUCGAAGGGUUACAGACCUACUUCAUAAGCUGGGUUGCGUUUCGUUUCUUUCGGAGCAAGUCAAAGUGAAUACAGAAGCUCAUCUGCCGCUUCAGAGUGACCAUGAGAUGUCACAAAACUACCAAAGACGUGCUGAUGCUCUAAAUAGGUACUUCGAGCACUACAAGUGCCGUUCUAAGUAUUUCCUAAAGCCCUUGUUGGAGACCGUGAAGGUGUGGAUAAGUCCGAACAUCGAAACUCAUUACCACCUAGCACGCGGAUUGUCUCCGCAGAUAUUUACUGUAACGAGGGUCGAGGGAGGCUCUUCCGUACGAGUCAACGACACAAGCGAUGACGCGAAGCCUGUUCUAGAGAUCUAUCUCUCUUCGGAACAAAAGAAGCGCGAUUGUGCAUUAGUGACCGACUUUCCGAAACAGCUCCUAGAAGCGCUUAAGGUUCGACCUUUUAAUGCUGCAACAGAGCUUCAUCAAUAUCUAGAGGUCCCAUUGGAGUCGCUGAAUAUGCUGCUGGUUAGGAAAGGCAUCAUAGGAGAAAUCCUGUCUUCAUCUGCUAGCUCAGACACUUCUGAGAGUGAUGAGAUGAGUGAUGAUGAGGAUCAAUUGCAGUGGCGUGGACUGGUUGCCCCUUUGGCAACCCCUGAGCGACGCUCCGGUGUGACGCCUUUUGCAACACCAUUGACUGAGUUGUCGAGACCCUCAGCAGUGGUAACUGGGCAAUCUGUCCCAUCUACACAAUCGCCUCGGAAUCCGGAGUUUAUUUCCAGGAUAUUAGCAGUUGAAACUUCGUUCCGCAAUCCCUUCUCACGGAGUGGCUUCCUAAUACCUCCCGAGAGACCAGAAGAAGCGCCACCUACGGAGCCAGUUACCACUGCAGGUAUAUAUAGCACAAGCAAUCGUAGUCGAAAUACAGAUAGACUCCGGCAAUUCGCUCAACAUUCGCGCACCGGCCUAAAUGCUUCAAGAAGUGGAACCAGCAGCGCCGUCAACACCCCAAUUGCGGCAGCAUUCGAUAUGACAGAAUUAGGAUCAGCUCUCGAGGAUUCUCGGGCUUCGGUAGUUCCCGCCACCCUGGUGUCCGUUUGGAGUGCUAGGCGCCCACAAGCAAGGCUUAUCCCAGAUCGCAAUCAAGAAGAUAGGGCUCGGGAUUUUGAAAUCGGUUUCCUAGGAGAGCACUAUGUGUUCACGGUUCUACGUGACCAGCUCAGGCUGCCCAAUUUCAGUGGCCAGGUCCAUUGGACGAGCUCAUUGCGGUCUCGUGCCGGAUUCAGCACCUGCCGCGACGGCCCCUCCGACUUUACCUACCCAGACACGGAGGGAGCUCUUACCCGUUACCUCCAACAAAUGCUGUUUCCAUACACGAAACCAACUUGGCUUGACACAGUCCUCAGCGACGGCAACAAGCCAACGUAUCUCCUCGAAGUGAAAAGUACGCCAUCUCGAAACCCCACGACUCGCUUCUUUAUGAGUGGACAUCAGCACGCUUUGGCAAAGCGCUUACAGGUAACGUCCACUCGACCGACGCAGAUAUAUGUAAUAGUUCGCAUCUCAGGUCUAGACGCUCUAGAAGAUGGUGCGACUCAUAAACCGCAGUGGAGGGUGUACCUCGACCCGUAUAGUCUCGGCGAACAAGGCGUCUUGGGCUUCUACGCGCCUACUUAUACCGUGACCGCUGUUAGUUGAGUGCGGAGAAAGGGAGGCCGAUGUAAUGUACGCAGCAUCAGUUAAAUACAAGGAG